UUAACAGGAGAGCUUCCUGGUUAUGGCAUUAUUAAUUCAGUUUUCGCAGACGCACGCUUCCCGUUGGGUUUUACAUCAAAAACUUUUCCCACAUAUUCGCAGGACUCUUAUUCCCCGCCGCAGCAUGGCGUCAGACCCGUCGACAGAGGACAUUACACGGUUGGACUUCCUGGUGAUCGGCGGCGGUUCUGGUGGGCUCGCCGGGGCUCGUCGGGCGGCGGAGCUUGGAGCAACCACCGCCGUGAUCGAGAGCCACAGACUCGGAGGUACCUGCGUUAAUGUUGGCUGUGUUCCCAAAAAGGUUAUGUGGAAUGCAGCCGUUCAUGCUGAAUACCUCCAUGAUCACAGUGACUAUGGCUUUGAAGCGGGGCAAGUACAUUUCAGUUGGGAAACAUUGAAGGCCAAACGAGAUACUUAUGUAAGUCAUCUGAAUCGAAUUUAUCGCAACAAUCUUGACAAGGCUAAAAUACAGACAAUUCAAGGCCAAGCCAGAUUUACAAAUGACCCUGAACCCACUGUGGAGGUCAAUGGGAAAAAGUACACUGCACCUCAUAUCCUCAUUGCCACUGGGGGGUAUCCUUCAGUGUUAAGUGAGGAAGAAGUGCCAGGGGCUGGUCUGGGGAUCACCAGUGAUGGCUUUUUUGAACUUGAAAGUCUACCAAAGCGCAGUGUUGUUGUUGGUGCAGGGUACAUUGCAGUGGAGAUGGCAGGUAUUCUCUCCACACUAGGAUCCAAAACAUCACUUGUGAUUCGUCAGACAGGAGUUUUGAGAAACUUUGACAGCCUCAUUAGUACAAACUGCACAAAAGAACUGCAGAAUUCUGGAGUAGAUUUGUGGAAAAAUUCUCAGGUGACAUCUGUGAAGAAAAUAGACGAUGGUCUGGAGUUGACUAUUGCCACUAGAGAUCCUGAGAAGAAAAAUGACGAGGAGAAAAUCAGUACUAUUGGGCAAGUGGACUGUCUCCUCUGGGCUAUCGGCAGACAACCAAAUACAUUUGGAUUAAACAUCGGAGCAAUUGGCGUGGAGACGGAUGACAGAGGACACAUUGUAGUGGAUGAGUUUCAGAACACUAGUCGGCCUGGGGUCUAUGCAGUCGGGGAUGUGUGUGGAAAGGCACUUUUGACCCCUGUUGCUAUUGCUGCUGGUAGAAAGCUGGCACACCGACUUUUUGAAGGCAAAAAAGACUCAAAGUUGGAUUACUCCUGCAUUCCUACAGUGGUCUUUAGCCACCCACCAAUUGGAACAGUUGGCCUCACAGAAGAGGAAGCAAUUAAAACAAGAGGGAAAGACAAUGUAAAAAUCUACAAAACAUCUUUUACUCCAAUGUAUCAUGCACUCACAAGCAGAAAGAGCCAGUGCCUUAUGAAGUUGGUGUGUGUGGGCAAAGAAGAAAAGGUUGUUGGAUUGCAUAUGCAAGGUCUUGGUUGUGAUGAGAUGCUACAGGGCUUCGCUGUGGCCAUCAAGAUGGGUGCAACUAAAUCUGACUUUGAUAAAACUGUUGCUAUUCACCCAACCUCAUCAGAAGAGUUUGUCACAAUGCGUUAGUGUUGAAACCUUUACCUUUGGUUCUGUAACUUUCCUGCUACAGACAAUCAGUUACUUUUUCAAAAGGUAAUUAAUUGACCCACCAGUCUAAUAGUUAAUCAGAUCUCACUCUUUCUUACUGUGCACUGUGUUUUGGUUUGUUUAUGUGUUUGUAUGUUAACUUACAGUUUAGUCUUUUUAAAACUUCUGGGCUGCUUACAGCUUAAAAAGCUUAGACUCUUGUACUGUAUUUUUUACAGCAUUAUAACCCCAAAGAAAGAAGGAAGGAUGAUAACUAGGUGGAUAAAUGUUUGUGUGAAUGUUUGAUGUUCAUUGACAGAGUAAAUACUUGAGAGUAUUGUGUCAGUUUGCUCUGUCAAUAACAUGGAGGUAAUGCGCUAGUCAUUGCCUUGUAAGAAAAGUGUUUAAGAAGUUCUUUGAUUUGUUUGUUAUUGCUGAGUCAUUGUACAACAUUGUAGCUCUAUUUUAAUAUAGAGGUGUGAUAUUAAAACAUUUGCAACACAAAA